GUGGGCUCGCUCUUCAGAACCUUUGGAACGCCUGGCCGAUUGUGACCACUUGAAACACUAUGGCGCAUUUCCUAGCCGUCUUUGUUCUCUGCUUAGCGUCUGCAGCAGAUGCGGCAUCUGCAAGAACCGACGUCGCGGAAGCGCGCAGUUCGGACAGCGGCCGCACGUUUGGCGCCCUCUUGCCGCUGUCGCUGACCCUGAUGCCUCUGCUAGCGCCGGUCAUCAGCAAGAGCGUUUUUAUGGUCCUGCUGUCGGGGGUCGCAUACCUGGCACUGUUCGUGGGGUCUUUCUUUUUUCCCCCGCUCGGUGCCCUGAUAGGCCUCGGACCAGGUGGCCUGCGCUCCUUCGAGAACAAGCUUGACCCGAGCGAGAACGGUAUCGACCGCCUGACCCGCGUCGUCCGUCAGGCCAUUGCCUCCACCGAGGAAUCCGUUACUGGGGGGACUACGGAAUGCCGUCAACGGCUCGUCUGCGAGCUGUCCAAGGCGGUGUCCGAUGGAGUGCCCACCAUUGAAAUGUUCGACAACUACUUCAGGAACCGAUCUACAGAAGCUGAUUCUUACACCAGUGCCUGGGCAAGCGGAUGGCUACAGCGCGACUGUGCACGCUUCUACAAGGACUGCGAUCGCACUUCCAUCGACAGCCUGUCUGCCAUUAUCACGGUGCUAGGCGGACCCGACGGCUACUUCGGCUCCAUCCUGAGCAGGUUCACAAACGGUACAGCGACUCCUAUCGAGGAGCCCACGACAGCCUCGUGGCUGGCCACGACUUUCCAGAGCAUGCGCACAACCACACCACCGCCACCGUUGUUUCAUAGCACGGCGCAACCAACGUGGACGACAGUCUUGCAGAGCCUCGUCACCCUUGCCGGGACAGAACAUUUCCAGCAGUUCGUCUCUUCCCACACGACACCCGCUCCAAGCUCAACAAAAAAAUAGCGUUCUCGCUGAAGCAGGUACCACGUUCAGGGGGCCCGAACUACUGCUAACGCACCGGUGACUAUGUACAUAUUUUAAAAUGAACUCGGUGACUCAUCUACACUUAUACUUGGCUGCAAUAAAGACUACUUUUAUCUCAUGCA